AUGGGUAACGCAGAAAAUAUGCCAGUUCCCCAAAAAGAAACAUCACAUUGGUGGCAAAUGAAGUUCAAGCCGGCAAAAUCAAGUGAAAAUUCUGUAUCAAAUCAAGUAGCUGUACCUGUACCAAUACACCAAAAGUUACAAUCUAUCUUUGAAACCCAUUUUAACUCUGACAUAAAAUGGGUACCAUGCCUGUGCCCAGUACGUAAGGGUGAAAAUGUACAACAGCAUCAUCAACAACAACAACAACAACAACAACAACAACAACAACAACAACAGCCACAAUCAGAACAACACCAACAACAGCCACAAUCAGAAAAACACCAACAACAGCCACAAUCAGAACAACACCAACAACAACCACAAAAAUCCGGGACUUCGUAUUACCCUUCGAGCACGACCGAAGCACUAUCCGACCUCUCCAACAAUGACGUACCGCGUUUCAUCUUCACAAACUAUCCAAUUGAGGCUUGAGA